AAAAAAACCCUCAAAGUCUCCCAUUUUUGAAACUAAAAUGGGUUGUUGUGUAAGUACCCAUAUAAAACCACCCCUUUCUAAACAUUCUUCACUUGAACAUAACUCAAAUUCCCAUCAGUUUCCAUGUAUUUCAAAAUCUCCACCAAGAGCUGAAGAAGAAGCAGUAAAAGAAGUCCUCUCUGAAGCCCCUAAGCCCAAACCCAAGCCCAGGUCCAGGCCCAGUUCCAGGCCUGAAAGCCCAAGAAAGCAAGCUCUUGAUGUAGAAGAUCCCAUAAAAGCAAAAAUCUUACUUCUUACUCCAAAGAAGGAUUAUUUGGAGCAGAAAGUACCCAAUCGGGAUCCAGAUCCGGAUCCGUGUACACCAGAAGAGAUCUCUGAAGUAUCCGAAAUGUGUAGUUUUAGUGAGAGUAUUUCUACAGUAAAGGAUGAAGAUGACCAUCAACAAUUGUUAUACAGUAGAGAAAAUAUCCCUGGUCAAAGACUGUAUAGAUCUCAGGGGUAUAAUGGUAAUUACGUUCCUCACCCAUGUUAUAAUAAUAAUGCCGUUAGGAAUCAAGGUAGAUCACCCGCUAGAAGACGGCCCGAAUCAUCCCCGACCCGCAAAAGAAAUCCGAGUCAGGGUGGGCCUAAGAGAGAAACGGGCAGAGAUAAUGUGGGCCGGAGGUCUCAGUCACCAGGAAUGAGGGGUAAUGUGGGCCGAAGCCCGUCCGCAAGAAGGAAUGGACCGUCACCGGGUCGGGUUAGAAUGGUCCAUGCCCCUGAGAUGGAAGGAAAAGAGGUAGAACAUGAAGAAUUGAGGAGAGAGAGUGAAGAAUGGCAAGGUCCUAAAGAGUCACUUGAGAAUCCACUGGUUUCCUUAGAGUGUUUUAUUUUCCUCUAAUCUGGUUUUAUCGGAAUUAACCUCUUAGAAUAAGUUUGUUUAUAUUCGAUUUUUUAAAUUUGGUCCGGUAGAUGUUUAAAAAGAAGUCAAUCGAAAAUAACUUCUUACGAUAAGGUUGAUUAUAGUAAAUCGCGCAUAGAGAUGAUAAAUAUUAAGGUAAUCCUGGGCAAAAAUAUUGCAAAUAGAAUGGUAAUUUAUUAGGGUAAUGCUUUGAUCUAAUGGCUUUUGGGUUUUUUUUAAGAGAUAAUUAUGUUUAAUGUUGUCUUUGUAAUGUUUAUUUUGGUGCCUGUAAUUGUAAAUGGUAACAGUAAUUAGUAGAAUAGAAUAUCAGGAGUUGAUUUCAAAUGGGAUAAAUGUUGUUAACUAACUGUUUUAAUAUAAAUAUUGUAUCUUUUUAGUAAGUUAUUAUUAUAUAUUUCCUCUCGUCGCA